CAACGCCAUCAACGACAAUCGCUCCCCCUCCGUCCCCUUCAUGGCGGCAGGACCAUCAUCAUCACCCUCGUCAUCGCCAUAGCCAUCGCCAUCGAUGCGGAUCCUGACAUGGAAUGUAAACGGGCUCCGCAAACUGCGGACCUACCAGCCCUUCUCCCUCAUGAAGUCCUGGCACGACAUCCUCUCCCACCUCCAAGCAGACAUAGUCUGCCUACAAGAGACGAAGCUUACCCGCAAACAAGCCCUAGAAGACAAGGAGAUGUGUCUCCCUUCUUCCUCUUGGGAGUCGUACUGGGACUUUCACCCUUCGAGAGGGUACAGCGGAACGGCAGUUUACACUCGUGGCGAUAUCGCUAGGCCUCUUCAUUUCGAGCGAGGGCUUACCGGUGCGAAGGGGAGGGAUGGGAUAGGAGGGUAUGCGGGUGAUUACGAGGACUUCAGCAUAGAUGAGGAAGGACGUGCAGUUGUCCUCGACUUUGGACUCUUCGUCCUCUUCAACCUGUACUGCCCUGUCAUGGGUAGCGAGGAGAGGCACGACUUUCGUAUGGCAUUCUACUCUGCCGUCAAUGAGAGGGCACGCGCUCUCCUCGCAGCUGGGCGUAAUGUCAUCAUUGUAGGGGACAUCAAUAUUGCCAGGCAGCCGAUAGACCACUGUGAUUAUCAGGGUCUAGGAGGGGAUGGGCCGGCAGAUGGGGAUGAGGAAUUCUACUCGGGCAGUCAAGCCCGGUCGUGGCUUGAUCGAUUCAUUCACCCAAAGGGCCCAUUCCAUGACGUGCAGCGCGAGGCUCAUCCGCAGCGCAAGGGUAUGUACACUUGCUGGAGCACGCUCAAGAAUGCUCGGCCAACGAAUUACGGCACGCGCAUCGACUACACGCUCGUCUCGUCCGGGUUGAAGGACUGGGUGAAAGGGGCAGACAUUCAAGCCGAGGUGCCAGGCAGCGAUCAUUGCCCUGUUUGGGUGGAUUUGUGGGAUGAGAGAGAGGUGGGCGGGAAAGUGUUGAAGCUGAGAGAUGCAAUGAGUCAGCCGACCAGUCCGCCAAUGGGUGCUGCGAGUCGGUGGGAUGAAUUUCGAGUAAAGGGGCUCAAGUCAUUCUUCGAUAAGGCGGCAGCAAGCGCGGCUACUGCGGGGAUCGCUCGGGCUACUGGCUCUACUUCUCCCAGCCCGGUGAAGAGCAUUGCGAUCAGUCCUCCAGCGGCUUCUCCACCUCCAAAGGUCAACGGCUCCUCGCCCCCGGCCAGCAUUCCCAAGCCCGCCAAAGCGACCGCAACCAGCCCAAAGGCAAUCAAAGCCGCCACGACCACCGCGAGCAAGAAGGCCGCCGCCUCUCGACAGCAACUCAAGCUCGCCUCCUUCUUCGGCGCUCCUGCCAGCAGCAGCAGCUCGACCAAUGAGAAGAAGCGCCUACCUGCCUGCUCGCCGACUGAGAUUGUCGAUGGAGAAGGGUCAACGAAGAAGAGAGCCAAGCUCGGCCUCCCAGCCGAGAAUGGCCAUGUCAGCCGCAGUGAAGAGGCAGGAACAGCUCCUGCCGACAGACUUGGCACUGGCGAGGAGGACGAGGAGGUAGACUGGGAAGCCCUCGCCGCCCUACCAGACCCCGACGCCCCUCCCCUCCCCAACCCGAAUGCAAACGCCAACGCCAACGCAUCCUCCGCAUCCGCCUGGUCCUCCAUCCUCACGCCUCCCUCUGCCCCCAAAUGCCCAGCGCACGGCGAGCCCGCACGAGCAUGGACGGUCAACAAACCCGGCCCAAAUCACGGCCGUAAGUUUUUCUUGUGCUCGAGAGAGGUGGGGGUAGGAUAUGAGAAAGGAUUUAAGAGCACCAAGGGUGGCGGGGAGGGCGGAGAGUAUAGGUGCGGCUUCUUUAUGUGGGGGAGUGAGUGGGGCAAGAGGAGAAAGGCUGGUGGGAGGGGGACGUAGUGCGAUUUUCGUAUGUGUGGGGCAGGAGCGGGAUGAGGGUAUCGAUUUGUGUGUGUUACCAAGAGCAAUAUGUAUUUCUAGACUCAGACAGCGCCAGUCAAUGUCGACCAUG